UCCAGUUUCUACCACCAGCACUGAGCAUAAGGAACAAAAUCAACACCUUCGCCCUCCUGCUGCCAAGACAGACACACCACCAUGUACAGCGUGGAGGACCUCCUCAUUUCUCACGGAUACAAACUGCCCAAGACAAGCAUCCCCUGCCCCUCUUCAACUUCAUCCGCCACCGCACCUUACGAGAAGCAGCGCCACGCCGCCGCCGAUUGCCACCGUGAAAUCCCAGCAGCAGAGAACCAGAGAUCUGGUCGUGGUGGAUCACUGAACGGGAAUGAACAGGCGGGAGACAGAGGGGCCUGCGUCUACAGCAGGAGCAGGCAGGCACUACUGGCGAAGGGCUACCCCGGCAGCUGCGACAAAGAGAGCGGCGGGGAAAGGAACCAAAGGAGAAAAGAAGCUGUUAGCGGUAACCUAGGUGACAGCCUCGCACAGCCCCUGGGCGAUUCUCUCGCCACGGAUAGCGGGUUCUAUGACGCGCCCAGCUUAACCUAUUCUGAGCAGGUCGAGAGAAGAGAGCAGUUGGAUGAGAGGGAUGUCUUCUACUGGAGGAGGAGAGGCCAGGACUUCAGUGUCCUCCUGGAUUACGCCGAUGGCCGGGAGCUGAGAGCAUCCGCUGGCUUUCUGAAGGCCUCCGAGGCGGCAUGGCGACCACAGGCCCUGAUCGCAGAGGACCAUAGGGGAGAGAGGGAGAAGCAGAAGCAGCUAUGGGAAGACACCUCCAUCUCCUGGCUGAGAGAGGCCGAUGCGGCUCCUAGACAGUUAAGGGUAGUGACUGGGGAGCGAAAGUGCCAGAGCCUGGGCACAGAGGAGUGGAAGCCUGCGGUGGGGCUGGGGAGGCAGCUGUCGGAUGGGGAGGGCGAGAGGUGGGCUCAGGAGCAGCACCACCGCCUGAGGACUCAAGAGAGCACUGGGUCUAUCCUCCCCAGAACCAGAAGGAUGUCCCAGUCCCUCCCCAGAGUGUUGUCACCUGCUGGAGCUACUGAACACGCUAACACACUGUCCAGUUUGGUCAGUUUCCAGCUUCGACCAGGCCAGGUUGAUAGACAGAGAGUGAACAGCACCGUAUUUUCCGGGCCUUAUAGUAGGUAUUACCACAGUGCCGCAGUCAGCAGGGACCGGUGGGCCAGGAACAGUUGGCAAAGCGUCGGACAUGUUGCACUUUUACCAAAGCCCAGGUUCAGCAGGCCUGUCAAGCCUCCAUCAUACGAAAUACACCAGCAGACUAGGGGUAGCCAGGAGAUGCUCACUGUAGCUGUAGUAGAUCAGCAGGGAGGGUCCAAACAGCCGAAAGACAACAGGCCUGUCUAUUACCCACGGGGUGGAGAAUUGCAAAGACAAGACUAUUUUGCACAACACUCUGCUAUCUUUGGCAUGGAGCCCCCCGGUUAUAUCCCGCCCCCGUCUUAUAAGAGAGCCCCGCCCCCAAUCAGGGGAGGACCAAUGAACCGCAACGAAGUGGCAAACUAUAAGUGGAGGGGGGAGAUGAAGAUACAGAUGCACAUGCCUAUGAGCUCAGAGGCGGGAAAGUGGUUUUCCGGACAGACAGGAGGGUCGUGGCUGGAACACUAUGGGGAGCGGGGUAUACCCUACAGGAAACAGGUUAACGCUAACCCAAACCUUAACCCUGGAUACACCGAGGAGCACCUGGGUCAUGUUCACUAUUUACCCUUUGAUAAUCCGCGAGUGAGACAUAUCUCAGGGGGGCCUGGCGGAAAUUCUCUUACUGACACUGACAAGUUUAUCCGAAACAUGAAGAAAGAGACUCCCUGCGCUAAGGUUUUAGGACAAUCUACACACGAUAGUGCCCCCCCCCCACAGGGGCUCUCUCUCAAUAACGACUGCCGCAAGACAUCUCUCAAUGACAACGACGGUGGUAGUAGUACUAGAUGGUGCAACAGGGGUUUAAUAAACAAAGGAAGUGUAGACAGUGUCGCUCCUGAUCAGAGCAGUGGUAUCUAUCCAACAGCUUUUCACAUUAGACCUGCUCAGCAACUGAUCAGGCAUGUGGACCAAGGUCAAGGUGUGUCAGAAACUGUAACUCAAGUGAAAACGUCAGUCAAUGAGCCUGACUCCACAGAGAAAGAGAAACCAAGAAAAACGGACUCAGAGAAAACAGAAAAAAAUGAGAAAAAGAGUGUAAAACAAAAACUUAGUGAGACAAUAUUCUGUUUGGUGUCUGUUGCCGUCCCUCUAACGCCGGGUGGUAUGUCCCUUGAUCAAAACAACAACAACGACGACGAGAAGCCACCAAGCCCAGUCCGGCCACCAAGCCCAGUGGACAGUCCGAGUGAGAACAAAACGGGCCACUUAACAAACCAAAGUUUCCAAAGCACAUCUUCAGCAGAGGCUGAGCUGCAAGCACUAACCGGUAGCAUAGCGAGCAGCAGAUCAAGCAGCAAAAUAGUGAGAAAACUUCCUAUUAAACCCCCCAAAAUAAACCAUCACAAGGAGCUGAAACUCUCAGGUGCAUGGCCUGGGAACCAAUACCGGGACCAGGAGACCCAAACUAGCCCAGAAGCCCGAAAGCCUCAGCAUCCCCCUCCUCCAGGCAUUGAAAACAAGGAAGCACAAGACCCUCACGUCCCGGCCCCAGGCUCCUCUGACGUCAUCACCCAAGAUCCCAGCGGUGUGGGCAAUACUGCAUUCAGCUGUCCUAUAAAAGGGGUGAAGAGCCUGAAACCAUCCAGCAACAGCGCCUUUUCCAGGACGGCCACUUUCUCCAUUUCCAGCCAGCUGAUCAAGAGCACAGCUCAGCCGCCAGCAGCGCCACCACUAUCACCACCACCCUCAGGAAGCAUAAUGGAGGCCAAACCAGCAGCGACCUGCAGUGGGCAGGAAGCCUUCGGUCAGUUCCUGCUGAAGCCCGUCAGCAGGCGGCCAUGGGACGCCAUCGAGGAGCUGGAGACUAUCAACAAAGAGUUCCAGGAUCAGCAGCAGAAGCAGCAGCAGAGCAGCAAGAGACCCAGUGUUGACCAGUGCAUUGAGGACCUCAACGAGGCCUACAAAGACAUCCUAGAGCUAGGCACUGCCAGCAAUAACAUUUCCAACAAUAGUGGUGCUGUGCAGAUCCCUGAGCGGAUCAAGAUAAGGCUGGCAGAGGAGGCGGGGCUCAGCAAGCCCAGCAGCCUUAGGCGCAGUAUCGAGAGCUGGUCUGUGUCCGUCGACCUGGAGUACGGGGAGGUUAAGAGCGCUUUCUCCAGACCUGCUGAAAGAAAAUCUGUGACUUUCAGCAAGCAGCUAAGAGAGGAGCUCCCUGUCCCACCAUGCAAGCCUACAGGAUUCAGAGAAUACAGGGUUGUUUCGAACUUGUCGCAGAGGAGAAGUAGCUGCAGUGGCAGGACAGUGAAGCUAGACCUCCCUUCGCCUUCGGAGACACCACCGCCUUGUCACUUCACCGGCCCGAGUGACUUUACUGACUCUCCUAGUGAUCCCAGCAAGACCAGAGACUUCAGUCCAAUGACUCCAACAACGCACACUGCAGCCGAAGUCCCCUGGGCAGAUAGGCAGCCGAUGCAGGACGCCUCCACACUUACGAGUCCCCCUGACUAUGAGGACAUAUGUCAGUCUUUACAAAAGACCCGAGACUCAGAGGUUAACAAAACGUUCACCGCCAUAUCUAAACCUGGUGGUGGUAGCUGCAAUACAGAGCCUCUAAGGGGAGCCUGUUUAGACUCUGCAGAGGAAUGCCCCAUUUGUAAAAGAGAGAGCGAGAGCCAGAUGUCCAGACCAAGUCCAAUGUCUCCGCUCCACGAGGAGUCAAGCCCAGACUUAUCCGAUCAAAGUAGCGCGACGAUUGUUGGCGACCGUGACAGUCCACAAGGAGCUGAAACAUCUGAAGAAUCAGCUGAAGGCGAAGGAGACACAAAGGUAUCCUCUGACUCUGGCUCAAAUCAUUCAGAGGCUCAGACUAUAUGUUGCGAUUGGAGGAAGCAGCUGUCACUCAUAGAUAAGAAGGUGGAGGGGAGUGGCACUGCUGAGAAGACUAAACAAAACCAAGCUCUGGCAGUGGCAGAGGACAUUGGCAGUCUAUACAAACUUAAAUGUGCUGAGGACAUUCCAGAGAACGAAUCCAUAGAGGAGAGGGCAGCCAGGAUAUUAGGGAUUGAUGUACCUGCAGAGUCUUUAGUCACAGGGGAGCAGCGGGUUAGCGAGACGGCAACCGAGAGUAAACCCGCUGCUAGUGAAGAUACAGAAAGCAGCAGGGCAAACGAACAGACAGUACAAACACAUGUGAGAGAUCCAGAUUCUGAGGAACUGGACUCUGGAAUGGUAUCUACAGUGCCUCCUGACAGGCAGGAGGCAAAAGAAAAGGAGACACCACAGGAUAACCCAGAGUACAUCAGGAGUGCCAAAUGGACCCAUCUGGGUCGAGAAACUCCAGGUAUGCAGGAGUUUCCGCCAGACAGACUACCGCUUUCGGUCCCCAUUAACCCUGACCUUAAGCUGUCCCACAGCCUGGAGGGAGAGAUGAGGGGCAGAGGACACUUGCAGCGCGUAGACGCCCUGCAGGAUAAGCUGGCUGCAUCGCCCAGCCACCGGGUGGCGGUAGAGCGCCGGGCACGGAUGAAGGAAGUGGACCCGGUGUCGCGCAUGAGACGCCUCAGCAUCAGGAGCACAGACUCUGGGGAGGAGGGGGCAGAGACGGAGGGGGAGACCAAGCAUUGCGGUGAGAAAGUGGAAGUGCUCUCCCUACCUGCUUCCUCCCAGAGUGAUACUGUGGAAGAUAGAGAGGCCUCUGAAGACACAGUGUUGCAAGAUGAGGAGGUGUCAUCUCUCUCAGAGGCCUACGACCCAAGCGGAGCGGAGAAAGUGUAGAGAGACUGAGACGCCCAUCAUCUGUUUCCAUCGGAGGUUUAGAUCCCUCCAACACUGUGACCUGGCAGCCCACUAGAAUGCCUUCAUCUUAUCCCAACACAGAAAUGGCCUUCUUCUCCGACAAGAGCAUUGUGUACACCCUCACCCUCGGCAUUGUUGAGUACUAUGAGUACCAAGUGUCCCACUGCCAAAAGGGAGGUGUUCCCCCACCUAGGGGUAGCUUCCAACUAACCCCCCUCCUCCCCUUUACCUCCCCUCAACCCAUCCUCUAAUUGUGUUUCUACUAGGAUGUGGCCCAAAUGGCACCCUACUUCCUAUGUAGUGCACGACUUUUGUAACCCUACUUCCAAUGUAGUGCACUACUUUUGACCAGGGCCCAGAAAGCAGUGCACUACAUAGGGAAUAGGGUGCCAUUUCAGACUGAAUUCCAGUCUUCUGGUAGUGGCUUGUCCUUCUCCUUUCUCAUUCUACCC